AAAGAUUUUCUUUUGAAAAAUUUAGUCGUGGAACUUGGAGUUGGAGUGGAGGUCAAAAUUACGAUGCCCUACGAGUGUCGCUACUGAACUCGGCAACCCUCUUCUUCUUCUUCUUCAUACAAAUCGUAAUCUCAACUUCCGAAGUUGCCUUCUAAGCUUUGAUCUGAAUCGGUUUUGAUCUUGAGUUCUUGUGUCGAAAGUUAUGGUGGUUUAAUCAUCGCACAGUUCUUGAAAUGGGGGCGAAGCAUAUUGAAUGAACGUGACCUUUGAAUAUUGUUGGACAAGAAUGUAUACUUUGAAAAGUAAUUGAGAUGGAGGAAGAGCCUAGGGGUUUAGACGGUACGAAGGAUAUGCACGACAUCCAGAAAGAUUCUCAUACCUUGUGGAACUGAACUUACAAAUUUGCUAUCUUAUGGUUAUGGAUUCAAAUGGUUUUGUUGAUGAGAAGUGUGAAAGCAAACUUUAUAUUGGUAAUCUUGACCUCAGAAUUACGGAAGCGGCUCUCAUUAAACUGUUUUCUCCUUAUGGGAAGAUAAUAUCUGAGGAUUUCUUGUGGCACACUCGUGGGCCAAAGCGUGGAGAGCCACGAGGAUUUGCCUUCAUUGAAUACAGCUCCAAGGAGGAAGCUAAAUUGGCUAAAGAGAAGAUGCAUGGAAAAUUAGCUUGCGGUCGUCCAUUGGUCGUCCGCCUCGCUAGUGAAAGGUUCAUAACCAACACAACAAAUGAUACUUCAAGAGCAGCAGGCGAGUCAAGCAAAUCGAGACUCGGUGGCAGCAAUUACAGACAGAUGACUCGCAGCGAUAAGAUUGCUGCCAUAAAGAAUAAAUUGAGAGCUUUGGAAGGAGGUGGGGAGAGCUCUAGUGUGAAAAAACAGAAGCAAGACAAUAUGAUAAGUCAUCUCUCAAGACAUCCCGAUGUUGAAGAAAACUGAGAUUGGUAGCUUGUAUUUACCCAGAUCUCUUUCUAUUGUCACUAAACUUCUAUAGGAAAAUCUGAUGCAUAGUGUUAAAGUUUAAAUAUGAUGCUGAUAUACAUAGCCUGAUCGUCUAUGGCCUGAUAUUCUGGAUAUGCGUCUCUCCUUUCUUUUUCUUUCUAUUUUUAGACAACAAAGUGGGGAAUCGAACUCGGGUGGUGUCACGUGACCACCACAAUGAAAGAGAAAUUGCAAAAAUAUUUGAAUUCAUA